AUGAAAGGUGGCAGAGUGCCUGGAUUAUCAAUGCUUUCUGGGACAUUCUUGCAUUUUCCUUGCUCUGUGUUAUCUGUUAUCUCUGGGCACCAUCACAAAGCUCCCAGCGUUAUGCAUAUUCAGACGGCAAGGGAGACGAGAUCGACGAUGAAUAAAAUUGAAUCCUUAUGUAGAGAAACUUCGAAAGAUCAUCUCAUGCAGAGGUCUAAACACACAGAAAUCAUUGGCAACAAGAAAGGGAAAAAAGCAAUUGGCAACAAGAAAGGGAAAAAACAAUAUGCAGACACCACCAAGUUUUAG